AUUAUUUCAUAGCAUGCAUUUGCGAUUGUCAUUAAAGUACAUCACGUCGUGUUUCAUCAAUGAAUCAUGUUAUCACCUUCCCAUGUCACCAUUUUAACCAUUUAUUUGGUCAAUUGCUGUAACUUUAGCAAACAAACACAGUAUUUAAGAAGACAUUUUAGGAUACAUCAUAUCAUUCGCGACAAGUACCGUAAGAAAAUCUAUCAUGAUUGCUAUGAAACUUUUCGUCUUCGGCUUAGUAUUAGUCGCCUCAUUAGCUGAGGAUGGCAAACAACCUCCAGCAGAAAUUAUCACAGAAAGGACAAUCGUCAGAGACGACGGUUACGAUUUCGAGUUCAAGACAAGCGAUGGUACAUCUCGAAAAGAAGAGGCUGGUCUUAUUACUGUGGGAGAUCGUCAGGGAAUCGCGGUCAAAGGCUCUUACUCAUAUCUAUCUCCCGACGGACUGGAAUAUAUUGUGUCUUACACCGCGGAUGAUAAAGGAUUCAAGCCUCAAUUAAGAGUAGCGUCAAAGUCUGAAUAAAGUUUUCGUAUAAAUAGUU